AUGCGCGAGCUGGUUGGUUGCGGUUUAACUGCGCAAGAACCAGAAACUGUUUCUAAUGACGAUGAACCGUUAUCUGACGAUAGUGUUGCCUCUGAGGAUAAAGAAUACUGCAGCGAUCACGAUUCUUCUUCUGAAAUUGAGACAGAAAUAGAAGAUGAAUGUUCACUGUCAACAACAGAUUGUUAUAUAGGUAAAGAUAAAGUAACAAAAUGGGAAAAGACAAAAUAUCGGCAAAAUGUUAGGAAACCUUCAAAGAAUAUAAUUAGCAAGCUUCCAGGUAAUACACCUUAUUCAAGAAAUGUCGUUUCUCCCGUAGAUGCAUGGAGUAUUCUCUUCGAUAGCAAUAUGCUAAAUAUGAUGGUGCAGUGCACAAACAUUUAUAUCGAAUCCAUUCAAGAACGUUUUACUCGAGAGCGAGAUGCAAAGAAGAAAGAUGAAAUAGAAAUAAAAGCAUUUCUUGGACUACUAUACUUAUGUGGAACUCACAAAUCAUCGCACACUAAUUUGAAAGAUUUAUAUGCCACUGAUGGAACCGGGAUCGACUUAUUUCCUAAAACCAUGAGUCGCAAUCGAUUCCUCUUUUUGAUGAGAUGUUUACGCUUUGACAAUAUCAAUGAUCGUCAAAGUAGAAGAGAGAUAGAUAAAUUGGCUCCCAUCAGGAAUUUUUUUGAAACAUUUGUAACAAAUUGUAAAAAUGCGUAUUCUGUUGGAGAAUUUGCCACUAUUGAUGAAAAACUUGAAAAUUUUCGGGGGCGGUGUGGAUUCAGGCAGUAUAUGCCAAAAAAACCUGCUAAGUACGGCAUCAAGAUAUUUGCAUUGGUAGAUUCCAGAGUUUUUUAUACCUGGAAUAUGGAGAUCUAUGCUGGUAAGCAACCUGAAAGACCCUUCAAAAUAGACUGUAGUUCGAAAGCCAUUGUGAUGCGGUUGAUGAAACCGCUUUUCAAUUCUGGACGUAACGUGACAACUGCUAACUUGUAUACGGGAUAUGAGCUAGCACAAGAACUUUUGAAAAGCAAAAUUACAAUUGUUGGAACACUUAGACAAAAUAAAAGAGAAAUACCUCCUGCAUUUUUGGUUAGAAAGGAGUUGUACUCCUCAGUCUUUGGGUUUCAAAAAGAAACUGCAAUUGUUUCGUAUUCUGCAAAAAAGAACAAGAAUGUAGUUAUGUUGUCCACAAUGCAUACUGAUGAUAAAAUAGACGAAACUACCAUGGAAUUGAAGAAACCAGAUAUAAUCACGUUUUAUAAUCUUACGAAAGGUGCUGUGGAUGUUGUCGAUGAAAUGGCUGCAGCAUACACUACUGCAAGAGUAUCAAAUCGCUGGCCAAUGGUUAUUAUGUUUUCAAUUUCGAAUGUGGCCGGUAUUAAUUCUAGGAUUUUGUUGAUGUCCACGAAAAAUCCUCCCACACAGUUCAGUAACAGACGUUUAUUCUUGAAAACACUGGGACUCGCUCUUUCAGAACAACACAGAAACCGUAAGCCUCAAGAAUAA